AGACCAAUUAGAAAAAAAGGUGGAGUCUUUGGGACUUGAGAGUUUGAGCUCAAACAAAAAGGUAGAGACUUUGCAGAGCUGAGCAGCUGAGCAGGGUUUCCACACUCCUCUCUUUGAUCCACCACUGUAAAUUAUCAAGGCUCCCUCUUCAAAGACUGCUGGGUUGGGAGAAUGCUCUGUUCUAGCAAAGACUGCUGUUGGCUACCCAUGGAAACAUGCUCGUGUACCAUAUUUACUGCGUAUUGUAUUGGUUGUUUGUCCUGGUGAAGUUAUACCUUAUGGAUAGAAAUCUGAGUAAAGGUGCAAUGGAUCAACCGAAAUACAGCACUGUUGAAACUAGAAACGAUGGAUAUGGGUCUGCCAAUCAACGGUUUUUUCCGGAUCCAUCAAAUAAUAUUAACAGUAACAUGCGACCUCCAGAGUAUAAUGUUUCUGUUGGAACCAGACCUGUAUUAAAUUACUCUAUUCAGACUGGCGAGGAAUUUUCUCUUGAAUUUAUGCGGGAAAGGGUGAACGCAAGGCAGCAUUUGUUAGUCCCACAUGCCUCUGGGGAUCCUAAUAGUGCUUCUAGAUAUAUGGGUUUAAAAGGCCUACUUGGAAUGAACCAAUCAGGCUCAGAGAGUGGAUCUGAUGUUUCUAUGCUGAAUUUGGCAGAGAAAGAUCUUGUCCAGGAAAAUGAAAAAAAGGCAUCUUCUCCUCCUGAAAAUCAGAGUUACUAUGAUUCGGUACGGUUACCACCAACCUCAUCAAGAAAUGACAUCAAUCGAGGACUUUCUUAUGCCUCUUCAGGAGUGUCUGAUAGCUCAUCGAGAAAAGUGAAGUUCCUGUGCAGCUUUGGUGGUAAAAUCUUGCCUCGUCCUAGUGAUGGGAAGCUUAGAUAUGUCGGUGGUGAAACACGUAUCGUCCGGAUAACCAAGGAUAUCUUUUGGCACGAUCUCAUGCAGAAACUGUUGGCAGUUUAUGAUCAAACUCAUACAAUAAAGUAUCAGCUUCCGGGCGAGGAUCUUGAUGCAUUAGUUUCUGUUUCGUCUGAUGAGGAUCUGCAAAAUAUGAUGGAGGAAUGCCUACAAGAUGGAGGAUCACAGAGGCCUAGGAUGUUCCUGUUUUCUAGUCUUGAUUUAGAGGAAUCUCAAUCUGGCCACGAAAGCAUGGAGGCGGAUUCUGAGAGGGAAUAUGUUGUUGCUGUAAAUGGGAUAGACCUAGGUUCAAAAAAGAAUUCUAUUGCUCUGGCAAGUUCUUCAGGCAACAAUUUGGAAGAGUUACUCAGUCUAAAUGUUGCAAGGGGCAGCACUCACACUCUGCCUGAUACAGCUUGUACUAGUACUGUACCUUCAGUGGUAGAAGUGCCUUCCUCAGUUAAUCAAUCUUCUCAUUCAGCGGUUCCUGGUUCUUCAAGCGAGUCCAACUCACAGCUUUAUCAGGGACAAAAAUUGCAUAGUGGAGACACCCAAUUGGCAGCUUUGAACCCUGUGGAGAGCUUCCUUGCAAAAGAUGAACAAACUUCAGUUCUCUCAUCUGUUCCAGUGCAAUAUGAUUUUGGUUCUCAGCCUCCUAAUUACGCAAUUGGAGAAAAUGUAGGUUCUAUGCCUUUCUAUGGACAGCCAAUUCAACAAGGAGGUUUGAUUGAAGAUCAGCUAUAUGCUGGAAUACAUGGGCAAGAUACAGAAUUACCCAUGAAGGAGGUGGAAUUGAAAAGAGAUAGCUCAGCCCAAAAGAUAAAUGAAGCUGAAAAAGUUCAAUCUUUAGAGGACACUCCACCGAAGGAAGCAAGAAUGACAAGAGAAAGCUCUCUCCAGAAUGAAACUGAUAAAGUUCGAAGUUUAGCAAAUGAGAAGACUGUUUCUGUAACUCCAUACGAUGGUUCCGUUCCAAAUUAUAUUUCUAGGGAUGAAGUUUCAGUUGCCACUUCAGUAGCAGAGACAGGGUCACCCUUAUUGACUACAAGAAGCAACAAAAAGCUCCUGGAACCUCGACAGAAUUCAACCACCUCUGAAGGUGUUAAUGAUGGGCAAAAGAACAAUGAAGAUGACCGUUUCCACACAGCAGCCAGUGGACUGUCUAAUCCUGGAUAUGGUGGCUCUGAAGUUGAUUCUAGAUAUGCUGGCUCUGAUGUUGACUCUAGAUAUGCUGGCUCUGAGGUUGAUUCUAUGGACUUUAGCUACCUUGAACAACCUGUGGUUCCUCCGCGUGUCUAUCAUUCAGAAAGAAUCCCCAGGGAGCAAUCAGGAUUGAAACGUUUAUCAAAAUCUGGUGAUUCUUUUGGUUCUCCGUUUAUGAUAGCUCAGGCACAUCCUGAUCACAAGCACCCAAUCAUGGAAUCUGUUGAGAAAUUGCAUGAUGAAAAUGUCACUUUGCAGUCUCAGCAGCCUGUCUUACCUCCUAAACUAGUCUACAAAAAUCCACAGACAGUCGAAGAGGGGCUUGAGCAAAAGGUACAGAAAUCUGACUCAAGAAAUGUAGUUGCUAAUUCAGGUGAUGGCCGUGAAACAGGCAGGCUAAACAAUAACUACGGAGACCGAACGAUCAAUGAUAAACAAGCAGCGCUGACUCAACUAAGAGCUGAUCAAGAAACUUCUCUCAAGCCUACAGAUGAUUCUGCUUCAGUUCCACCAGAAUUUGAAUGGACUGGCAGUAAGGACUACGGAAAUAAUGUCAAGGGUUUUGUAAACCCUGUGGCUCAGAAAGAGAACCCAAUUACAGGUGGUGGCAAUGGCAAGCCUGCUGUUGGUGUUGGCACUACAGAGCACGGGGAUAUUCUUAUUGAUAUUAAUGAUCGUUUUCCCCGUGAUUUUCUGUCGGAUAUAUUUUCCAAAGCUGGGACAGACCUUUCUGGUGUCAGUCCACUUCCUGGGGAUGGAACUGGCUUGAGCUUGAACAUGGAGAAUCACGAACCUAUGCAUUGGUCAUACUUCCGGAAUUUGGCCCAGAAUGAAUUUGUGAGGAAGGAUGUAUCCCUUAUGGAUCAGGACCAUCUCGGUUUCUCAGCCCCGCUGACAGGUAUUGGAGAAGGAGCUCCAGUUGAUUACAGCUAUCCACCUUUGAAGUCUGCUGGAGUUGUUUUCGGUCACACUGAAUCACAUAUCAGUUUUGAUGAGGAUAUUCGGCAAGAUUUGGCAUCUAUAACUGGACCCACCGCCGUCAAUGUAGAUUCAGAUUAUAAUCCUUCUCUACCUGAGGGAAUUGAAAGUGAGCAGGUGGAUGGGGUAAAUCAUAUAUUACGAGAAUCAGAAUAUGAGGAUGACAAGCUAGAUAACAACAACACAGGUGUGCCACAUGGUGAUCUUUCUCUGGAAGAUUUUGAUAUUACUACCUUGCAGAUCAUAAAAAAUGAAGAUCUUGAAGAGCUUAGGGAAUUGGGUUCUGGCACGUUUGGGACUGUUUAUCAUGGAAAGUGGAGGGGAACAGAUGUUGCCAUUAAGCGAAUAAAAAAAAGCUGUUUCACCGGGCGCUCAUCAGAGCAAGAAAGAUUGACAAUUGAGUUCUGGCGGGAAGCCGAAAUUCUUUCAAAGCUUCACCAUCCAAAUGUGGUGGCAUUUUAUGGAGUCGUACAGGACGGACCAGGGGCAACCAUGGCCACUGUUACGGAGUUCAUGGUGAAUGGCUCUCUGAGGCAUGUUUUACUUAGCAAGGAGAGGCAUCUUGAUCGCCGUAAAAGGCUCAUUAUUGCUAUGGAUGCAGCAUUUGGAAUGGAGUAUCUGCAUUCAAAAAAUAUAGUGCACUUCGAUUUGAAAUGUGACAAUUUGCUUGUAAACUUGAAAGACCCUUUACGACCCAUUUGCAAGGUAGGAGAUUUUGGGCUGUCUAAAAUCAAAAGAAAUACCUUAGUUACAGGUGGUGUGAGGGGAACCCUUCCAUGGAUGGCUCCUGAGCUGCUUAAUGGUAGCAGCAGUAAGGUUUCAGAAAAGGUUGAUGUAUUUUCCUUUGGCAUUGUCUUAUGGGAGAUUCUUACUGGUGAGGAGCCUUAUGCCAAUAUGCAUUAUGGAGCAAUCAUAGGAGGCAUUGUCAACAACACAUUGAGGCCACUUGUACCUGGGUAUUGUGACGCCGAAUGGAAAUUGCUGAUGGAGCAAUGCUGGGCCCCUGAUCCCACUAUUCGCCCAUCAUUCACAGAAAUUGCCAGACGAUUGCGGGUGAUGUCUGCAGCUUGCCAAACUAAGCCGCAACAGCAGAACCAGGUAGCCAAGUAGCAGUGCCGGGAUCAGUCCCCAUGCAAACUUACAUUUACCAUGCGAUGAACAUAAGACUUUAUAUAUAUACUCCGUAUAGGUUGCGUGUGUUAUAAGAGUCGGGAGAAAUGCUCCCGUAGUAAGGUGGGUCUGGAAGUAUUUCUGGACAGCGAUUGUGUAUUUGGUGCAUAAAAAGGGACGGAUUGGCU